AUGGCCCUCUCUCUUCCUCUCCGACGGGCUCUGCCCCAAUUGCCUCCUCUCGGCUUCCUCUCGACCGCCGCUUUCUCCCUGCCCAUCUCCAUCACCAUUCCUCCGCUUCUCGCCGACCUCUGGGAGUCUGUGCUGCGCGCCGUUCCCAAGAAGAAGACCUCGCACAUGAAGAAGCGCCACCGUCAAAUGGCUGGCAAAGCCUUGAAGGAUGUACAGAACCUCAACAAGUGCCCCGGCUGCGGCCAGGUCAAGCGGGCUCAUGUGUUGUGUCCCCACUGCGUGAAAGGUACAACAGGAAUCCCUCUCCCUUCAAAGCAGAGGUCGGCACACUCGGCAUUGAUCUAUCUGAAAGAUGUCGAGUUGGCGAUCUCCGGAGGAUACCGUGCCUGGACUUCUUGCGAGCUUUCGGAAAGCUAA